AUGGGGCUGCUGGACAAACUGUCAGGCUGGCUCGGCCUGAGGAAGAAAGAGGUCAACGUUUUGUGUUUGGGACUGGACAACAGCGGCAAAACUACCAUCAUCAACCAACUCAAACCGGCUAAUACACAGGCACAAGACAUAGUCCCAACAAUUGGCUUCAACAUUGAAAAGUUCAAGAGUUCAAGCCUGUCUUUUACAGUCUUUGAUAUGUCUGGACAGACCAGAUAUAGGAACCUAUGGGAACAUUACUACAAAGAAAGCCAUGCCAUCAUAUUUGUCAUUGACAGCAGUGACAAACUGAGAAUGGUUGUUGCCAAAGAGGAGCUAGAUACUCUUCUCAAUCACGAAGAUAUCCAAAGCAAAAAGAUACCAGUACUGUUCUUUGCUAACAAGAUGGAUCUGCGGGACGCCAUGUCUUCUGUCAAGGUCUCACAGAUGUUGUGUUUGGAGAACAUCAAAGACAAGCCCUGGCACAUCUGUGCCAGCAAUGCUAUCAAAGGAGAGGGCCUACAGGAAGGGUUGGACUGGCUACAAGAACAAAUUGCACAAUCACAUCAAAACAAUGAACACAUGAAUGACUGAAAUGCCUCGGACACUGGACGCGAUGUGGUAACUGGGCCUCAUUCACCAUUUGGAGAAUUUGUCACACUUGAUGUUGUAGGCCUUAAAUGUCAAUGUCAAAUAACCCAGUAGUUCCUGCGCGUGCUACGACUUUGACACCAUGAAAAACAAAUCCCGAUGAUAGUAUAAUUUGGAUAUGACUUACUCAAUUAUCUAAAGCACCCACCACUAGUUAGUCACCAAUGUUACACAUCAUUACUGACACAAAUGUGAAUGCAGUCUGAAUAACUUAGUGUAAACUGAAAAUAUCCUUAAUUCUGUUUCUGUAUGCAGUUAACAUUUAAACAUUUUUAUUUAAAGCAGCUUCUUUUGUAUUCCAUGACACAUUUUAUUUUAGCUUUAAUUAACUUUUUUGAAAACGCUGUAAGUGCUGAAUAUUGUACCACCUGGAGGAUA